ACAGGCGAGGAGGAGCCGUCCGCCUGCCGCCCGCCUUUGGCGCGCCUCUCCUGCGGGUGGCUCCUGAGGCAGCUCCCCGCGGGCCCGGCGCGGCCUUGGCUCCUCCCUCGGCCCGCCCUCUCCCGCGGUCGCUUGCCGGGCUGGUUGGGCGCCUGAGCCAGGAGGAGGCGGAGGCGGAGAGCGCAGGGAAGGGAGGCAGAGGCGCAGGAGCGGCGCGCACCUAGGCCCCAGCCGCACCCUCCGCCGCCGCCGCCGCCGCCAGCCCAGCGGAGAGCCGGGAUCGCCCCUCAGCCGCCGCCAUCAUGGUGAAGGUGUCGUUCAACUCGGCGUUGGCGCAGAAGGACGCCGCGGGGCGGAAGGAGGAGGACGAGAGCAAGGAGGGCGGCUGCAGCCAAGUGCUGAUCUUGCCCCCCGGCGCCAAGGUGAGCGGGCGGGCUCCGGGGCGGCGGCUCCGUCCGCCAGGCCCCUUCGGAAGGGCGGCCCGGGCGGAGAGCGGCGCCUGGGUCUCGGCCGAGCGCCUUGCAAGCGCCGCGGAAGAGCUCGGGGCGGAUCUAAAAUGGCUGACUCGGGAGGAGCCGCCGAGCUUCGCCCCCUGCUCUUGGGCGGCCUUGUUUUCUCCGCGCCGCGCUCGGAGCUGCCUCCUCAGUCAGUCCGGGGGGCGGCGGGGCCCUUGGGGAUGCCGAGGGGGCCUCGGUCCGCUCCGCCGCAGACGCCUCGUUAGCAGGGAAGGAAAGACGGGCGUGGGCAGAUCCGCCCUGCUCCGGGCGCCGCGUCUCUUGCAGCAAGACGGAGGAAGGUGAAGCGUUUUUGUGCCAGGUUCCCAGACGGGUAGGAUGCUGCCGCAAAAAAAAACAGCGAAGACAAACAGGUCUAUUAUGUCGGAAGCUUCAUGGCUGGCAUUUCCUCCAAGUGCAGGGAGUGUAACCGGUUUUCUUUACACCUAUAUUUCUGCCCGCUGAAAAGCACACUUAAUGUAGCUGAUGAAGUAGUCUAUAAUCAAGGAAAACCUAUGUUAAAAUUAAUAAUUGCUCUUCACAUUGCCACGUGAUGGUCAUAUUGUACCAAAUUGUGAUGACAUCAAGUAAAUCAUUAGUUUUAUGCAGUGAAGCAAUGAAUUUAAUCUCCAAUAAGGCAGUGGAUGAGCCAUUUAAUUUCCAUAAUCCCAGUCAAGUUAAAACUGCCUUGCAGCAUUCUGAUAAGUUUUAGGUUACCAUUUUAUAAUGAUGGUACAUGGUAGUUAAAAUAGUCUGGUGUUUUCUGACUUUCUAAAGACUAAACAGUUCAUAUUUACACUUUAUAGUUCUCUAUGUUGCAACUAUACAUAUAUACAUUACUAUAGCAAAGAGGAAAUAGGAUUCAGCAACAUCAAGCUAUUGAAACUUUUGCCAUGGUUCCAAAUUUGGCAUUCGUAGGUUUGGGUUUAAGCAGUUUGGAAAAGGGAUAUACAAUUGUUCUUCAAAAUGGAGGCAAAAAUUAAUUAUGAGAUUAGUGACUGUUACUUUUUUUAAAAUGUUUUCAAUGUCAAUUGGCACAGUUAGAUCUGCUCAGUAUACUGUGUUAGAUUCCAACUGUCUAUCUUCAGUUCCUCUGAUAUUUUAGCUGCAGUAGACCAAAGAUCUUUUGCAAAGUUGGUGCUAUCAUUUGAUGUGGAAAGGUGGGGGGUUAAUUUGGUCUUUGUAACAGCUGUUUAAGAAGCUGCUCCUCCCCCCCCCAUUCCUUACUUGGGAUCCAAGAUUUAAACAGUUUAUUGUGGGGUUGAGGUAGGGAUGACCAUUUUUUAUUUCCCUUGAGUUGCUGGUUUGUGUUAUCCAGCAAGGGCCUAGCAUUAAUUAAAGGAGGAAAUCAAGCAUACAAACUUUGCUGGUAUGUUGAUGUUGUUUCACUCUUCCUCUCUGACUCGAUUUAAUCUUGCUUCAUAACAAGAGCUACAGAAUCAACUGGGCAAUGCAAUCAGCUGGACUAAGCCAAAAGCAACCCCCCUUGCCCAGCACUUUUCACUGUCUGCCUUGCCUGGAACAUUACCUGGAAAAUGAACAGAUUUGAUGCCUACACUUCUGUACAGUGGACCUGCCACUUACACAAGAGUUCGGUUACAGGGGUCCGUGCACAAAGGCAGAAUUGGGAACCUGGUGAACUGCCUUCCUGUGAGGUAGGGGGCUGCAUACUGGGGUCUGGGGAGGACCUGGGAGGGCUCUGAGAGCUUUCCAGGCCCCUCCUGUGACUUUUCCAGACCCCAGUAAGUGAGGUGGUGCCUCCUUUACUGGGUUUUGGGACAUUCCCAAAGCCCUCGCUCCGCCUUCACCAAAGUCGGGUCACUGAGGGAAGGAGGCAUGAGGGCUCCAGCCUUGUCCCAGAGUCCUGGCACCUCAUUCGCAAAGUCUGGAGACUGUUUACUUGGCUUUGGGAAGGUGGCUGAAGGAUUUCUGCUCUCCAUUCCACAACAAUACUUUUAAAAAUAUACAGCUGUUUCAGAGUUUUUUCCUGGGGGGUGGAGUCUAAGCUAUGUAAAACUUACUCCAGAUAACAUGCUAACUGCAGAGAGAGGCUUGAUUCAUUAAAACAUCAAUCAUAAUCAAUACCAAAAUACAUUUUUAUUAGCACAAGCUAAAUGAUGGAUUACCUUGACUGGGCACAAGUGACCCUAUCAUUGCCAUAGCAUGGCUCAGAUUCACUGGUCUGAAUUAGCUAUUUACAUAUGAUUGCUGCCAGGAAAUAGACUAGGAGUACAGUGGCAUAGCAAGUAGAUUUUGACCCAUUUGCUGUUAAUUUACUCAGUACAGUGAUACCUUGGUUCUCAGACUUAAUCCGUUCCAGAAGUCCAUUCCAAAACCCAUAGGAAGUAAUGCAAAAUGGAUUAAUCCGUUCCAGACUUUUAAAAACAACCCCUAAAACAGAAAUUUAACAUUACUUUUAGUAUCUAACGAGACCAUUGAUCCAUAAAAUGAAAGCAAUAAACAAUGUUAAUGGUUCUCUUGCCUUUGCUGCUUUUAUUCAUUUCCGCAGUCACACAAUCGAUCAGUAGCUGAGCUGGAUUCUACACAGUUACAAAAAUGAAGUCACAAGUCAGCCACAAAAAUGAAAAAGCCACACAAACAAAAAGACCAAAAAUAGCAAAAAUAAAAGCACCAAAUAUAAGAUCCAAAUAUCACCUCAGAACACCUCAGAAACAGAAUACUUCUUUUGGAAUGGUAGGGCGCAAAUUAGCAGCACAAUACUAAAACCGGAAGAGGAACUUUUCAAUUACAAUGGUAGGACACAAAUUAGCAGCACAACACUAAAAGUGGACGCUCAGGACUCAAAGCGGAGCAUGUUCGGCUUCCAAAACAAAGUGCAAUAACUGGAACACUCACUUCUGGGUUUUCAGCGUUUGGGUUCCAAGUAGUUCAAGAACUAAGCUGUUCAAAAACCGAGGUACCACUGUAUAUGGAGUUAGGUAAAGAGACACAGGUGGCACUGUGGUCUAAACCACUUAGCCUCUUGGGUCAGCAGUUCAAAUCUGCACGAUGGGGUGAGCUCCUGUUGCUCUGUCCCAGCUCCUGCCAACCUAGCACUUCGAAAGCACACCAGUGCAAGUAGAUAAAUAGGUACCACUGCAGCGGGAAGGUAAAUGACAUUUCCGUGUGCUCUGGCUUCUGUCACAGUGUCCCGUUGUGCCAGAAGCGGUUUACUCAUGUGACCCAGAAAGCUGUCUGUGGAUAAACGCCAGCUUCUUCGGCCUGAAGCGAUAUGAGUGCCACAACCCCAUAGUCACUUUUGACUGGACUUAACCUUCCAGUGGUCCUUUACCUUACCUUUACCUAUCUGGGGUAAUCCACAUAUCCUGACCUCCUUUAAAACAAUCCUGUGGAAUGCACAAAUGUAUAUACUCUAAAUGAAAUCUUGUAUGAGAAUACAGUGGUACCUUGGGUUAAGUACUUAAUUCGUUCCGGAGGUCCGUUCUUAACCUGAAACCGUUCUUAACCUGAAUCACCACUUUAGCUAAUGGGGCGCCGUGCCGCCGCCGCACGAUUUCUGUUCUCAUCCUGAAGCAAAGUUCUUAACCUGAGGUACUAUUUAUGGGUUAGCGGAGUCUGUAACAUGAAGCGUAUGUAACCCGAGGUACCACUGUAGUGCCUUCAUAUAUUUUUACAUGUUCCAAUUUAGGUUGCUGUCCUUAUCUACCUGGCAGUGUAGACUCAGUACCAUGCUAAUAGUGCUGAAAACUUACUGGUCCACUUUCCAUGCAACACACUAAGCCAAUUUAAUGAGUGAGUAUGAAUGUACUCAGCGACAUUUACAGCUGUUUCACUUUUCUUGCAAUCCUGCUGCUGCCAUGUUAUGAAUGGGGCAAGACAAAGAGAGAAGCAAAGCAGCUCUGACCUUUGCUGCUGUGCCUGCACUUUUGCUCAUUCACACUUAGCUAUGGUUUGAUUUAGCAGAAAAUGCAGAUUAGGCCACAGACCUAAGUCAUGCUUAGAACAGGCUGUUUGAAAUUGCUAACUUAUGCGUGUAAUAUGUUGGGCAUGAUGCACUGGAUCCCAACACCUUUCCAUUAUCUGAAUGAUAUAUGUUGGUGAUGCGGUUCCAUUCAGGUGUACCUUUUGGAACUUCCUUUUGGAAAAAAGUUGUGUGUAGAACUAUAAUAACCAUUGAGACAUCACUCCCUGUGCUAGGCUUCAGCCCAGUGAAGUAGGUGCUAUCAAAAGGCAAUCCAUCUUCCUUGUGUUGAGGAUUCUUUCGGGAAACAAUCCCCAAAGAAUAUGAGAAAGCUUGAGUGCCAAGAGUUCUGGCUUGAAUAGCUCAGUUGGUAGAGCAUGAGAUCCAGCUGAACUUCCCAGUAGAGGACGGCAAACUGCAACAUGGUACUUGCUUUGUGGAUAUGGAGAUCUGCACAGUGUACCUAACCAAGGAUCCUGGGGAGACAGAGACUAUCAGCCUAAGUUUUGGAAACAUCCCUGCUCUCUGCGUGACUAUGGUGAAAAGUGGGGAAGAAGAAGAGAAAGAGACAUAAAUAUCCUGUGCUGGAUGUUGGAAGCAUUUGGGUCUGGUCUGACUUGCAGGUAUAGGGCGAUAUACUACUACCGUAGUAAAUAAACCGUUUUGACCUCUUGCAUUUUCCUGCAGAGAUGCUUUAAAUUCUUAUCAGGUUGAGCACCACUUGGGGAGAUUUUUGUUUGCUUGUUUCAGUGUUAGUGUACAUCAAGGGUGGCCAACUACCAAGAGACUGCGAUCUACUCACAGAGUUAAAAACUGGCAGUGAUCUACCCCAUUUUGGGGGGGGUUCAGGUCAAAGUUGUUGAGCUUUUUUUUAAGAGGAGCCAGAAUUCUUGAGCUUCUUUGUGGGGAGACAGUGAUGAUCUACCACCGACGUCCCAGUGAUCUACUGCUUGAUUGCAAUCUACCUGUUGGACGUGCCUGGUGUACAUCAAAUAUGCUAGAGCAAAGCAGCCCAUCAGUAGAACAUAAGAGCUUUACAUAUAAUCGUUUUAUAAAAAAAUCUAAAUGGAUCCAGUAAGUUGUUUUGGUUUGGCUCACUAUGGGGUUAUCCACAUUGAAGUGUAAUGUGGAUUUGAAGCUGGUUUGGUCUUUUUUUGUGGUGGCAGCCUCUACAGUCAUACCUCGGAAGUCCAUUCGACUUCCAAAAUGUUUGAAAACCAAAGUGUGACUUCUGAUUGGCUGCAGGAAGCUCCUGCAGCCAAUCGGAAGCUGUGGAAGAAGCCCCAUCAGAUGUUCGGCUUCCAAAAAUAGCUCACAAACUGUAACACUCUCUUCUGGGUUUGCAGCAUUCAGGAGCCAAAAUGUUUGAGAACUAAGCUGUUUGAAAACCAAGGUACGACUGUACUGUUAAGAGGGAUUUCUUUGGGUGGGGAGUAGUUUGAAUGAUGUUCUGUGCUCCUUCCAAACCUGUGAUCCUGUGUAUGGGGCAGAAUAUAUAAGAGGAAACAAGCCAAACCAGUUCCUUUGUUAAGGUAAUGACUUUGGCUGCCUGUUUAAGUAAUGCAAUUUACCAGUCUAAAGAGGUUGCCAUAGAAAUAAAUGGGUGGGUGUCAACACCCCACCUGGCUGGAAGAUAAAAGUAGGUACAGUGGUACCUUUGGUUAAUUUGUUCUUAACGUGAAGCCGUACUUCCGGGUUAGCAGAGUCUGUAACCUGAAGUGUUUGUAACCUGAGGUUUUUGUGCUGGAGACACAGAAAAAUGUUUGCUCUGUGCUGGAUUUUGGGGGCUCCCUUGGAAACGAAUGGGGAAGCAAGAGCUAGGUAAUUUUAAUCUGCUUCACUAUGUUAACUUUUGUUUGUUUUAAAGUAGGGUUGUGAUUUUUUUCUUGAUUUUACUGUGUUAUCAUUUUGUAAACCACUUUUAGGGUUUUACAAUCAAGCAAUGUAUGAAUUUUACGAAAUAAGUGAAUACAGUAUAAAUAAGAUUUGCUGCAGAGCUAAUGCUGACCUUCAUUCAAAGAAAACCAAGCUUUGGGUAAGCGCAGGAACCUAUGGAUUCUCUCACUGUGUAGAGAUUGGAGUGGCACGUAACAUUUCCCUCAUUAAAUUCAGAUUUUCCCAGUCUGAAGAUAAUCUGAUAUGGGAAGAAAAUCAAAUAUAAAGUUGAACGUUGUCUGAUAGUAGACACCGUGGAACAUAUAGUAUUGGUGGGUUCUUUUUCAUAUGUGGUGGCCUCACCCGCUCUUCCUAUUUAGGUUUCAUCAACCCAACAGAAAGGAUACAGCUUGCUCUUUUUAUACUGGCUGUUGCUGAAGGCACAUUCGUAGUGAUUGUUGUUGGUUUUUAAAAUCUCUUUUCCACAGAACUGCUCUUGCAUGAAACAACUGUAUUUUUUAAUUUUAAAAAUUGCAGGAAAUGGAGUCAGGAAAGGAAAACAAGGGGUGCAAGGAGGUGACAGACUAUUCUGCAAGUAACUCCAAGUUCUUGGCUGCUUUGCAGCAACACACGUGCACACACACACACACACACACACACAGUGAUGUUAAAUUCUCAAGAAUAUUCUCAAUUACUGAGAAUAUUAGAGAAUUUUCAUUUAAAAUAGGAGAAUUCACCAUUCUAAAGUGAUGGCAGCACUAAUUGUAAUGUUAAGGUUUGGUAUAAGGAAACUCGGUAGUUAAAUCGUAUUUUAUUCUUCCAUUAGAACAUGUACAUGUUAUAGGACAAGGCAAAAAAUACAAUUGGCAUGUUAAGGUUUGAUACAAGUAAAUUCAGUAAUAGGCUAUCCUGUGCUUCUAAUAGCUCUAACACUUAACUAUUUUGGUGACUAAAACACAGCUUGAUAAACAAAACUUUAUGCAUACAUAUAAAAAAGAAGCCAUUAACAUUAAAUAUAUUAUCUUUAUAUGAUAAUAUAUUUCAGUAUGUCACUGUCUUUUAAAUGGCACUGCAGAAACCAGUUAUUGGCACUAAAUAAUAAUAUAGAAAUGAAAAGCUGUUUAAAUCAAGGCCACCUCACAUGCUGUUACAUGUAAUUUUAUAGGCCUGGGUACUUUAAGUGAAUAAAGCAUUAAAGCUACUUUCUGUAAAAAAAAUCACACUGUAUGGCUAGGGGUAUGGAAUUGCUAAGAAUAAGGUCACAUCAAAUUAGAAAAAAGGCUGUUACAUAUAGUUGAAAUACAUACGCAUUCUAAUGUUUAUUAGAUUAAAUGAAUAGCAUUUUUAAAACUAAAAAAUUUUGUUUUCUGUAGUUCACAUUUCAGAACUAUCAGUGGUGAAUGACACAAUGUCAAAUAAUGUAACUGGAUCAAAAAAAUCAUUAUUCAUUACUUACACUGGCAAUAUCACAGCUUGACUUAUUAUUUACUAGAUUUUUUAUUUUUAUUUUUAUUUUUUAAAUUAUAUUUAUUCAAAAUUUCAUCAAUACAUAGACACACACAAAAAAGAACAAGACACACAGGAAAAAAAAUAUACAGCAAGAAAUAAAACAAAAGGAAAAAACCCCAAAAAAGAAAGAAGAAAAAUACAAAUCUCAGAUUGCAACUUUUCAUUUGCUUAAUUCUUGAACCUCCUCACACCUCCCUUUUUGUAUUCUAGUUUAAUUCGUUAUUUCAGCAAAUUCUUCCCAUGUUUCUCAAUUUUAAUUUAAAUGGUUAAUCUUCACAAUCUCUCUUAUUUAUUAAUCAAGAUAUCCUUUCCAUCUUUUAAUAUAAUCUGUUAUUCAAUUUACCUUAAUCUCUUUAACCUUAUCUUAUCUUAAAAAUCUUAAAAUUUCAAAGUUUACAUCAUAUUCAUACAUAUCUCCUUAAAAUCAUUUCUACUAAAGCCAAUUUAGUUCCUUUCCAGCAUAUUCCCUCAAAUUUCAUUGAUGUUGCACUAAUUCCAAAAUUAGCAAAAGAAUUUCCCUUGAUAUCUCUAAUUUUUAUCCAACGUCCCUUCUUCCUGGUUUCGGGUCAUGUCAGCCCUUUCUGUCCAUUACAUCCAGUCCAUCAAUCUGGUGUUCUAAUGUCCGAGGCCCUUAAAUCUCUUCUAGGCCCCUUCUGCAAAUUUUUUUGUUCUUGUUUGUGCUUGCGCACUUCUUUGUCAAUUGUUGGUUUCUUGGGGAGUGGGUCUCCGGAGGGUUCCAUCCGGUAAUAGUUUCCAUUUUCCUUCAUCAGAUUGGCCCCUUCCCCCCAGUCCCACUCCCCGUCUUCAUCUUUGUAAUCCAAAAAAUAUUUAUCCAGAAGAUAGUUGUUCACCUGUUUCAUAGUCCCACUAGAGUUAAAAGCUUCCUUGACUUCAAAUACUUCCCAGCAGUCUCCAAGUUCAAUCUUCCAACGCAGUAGCUUUUGUUCCUGCAGGACUUUGGAUCUUUCCAUUUGUGUUGUUUGAGGAGUAAUCACUGCCUCUUCUUUCUCCAUCUGCCCUUGGACUUGCCUUGUCAAACCAGAUUCCUGAAUUGAUCGCUGUAUAACUUCUUUAUCCUUAUUCCCUGUUAAAUCAUAUUCACUGGCCACAGCACUCAUCAGGUCCAAUUUUUCAUGCAUCAAGUUCAUUUUCUCAUGCAGCUGCUCCAGCAAAGCAUUAGUCAUGCCAAGGGCAGACACCAAACCUUCCUGCCAACACAUUUCUGUUCAAGAUCAAGGUCAAACGGCUGGUCCCACGAUCCAAAUCUCACAUCUGUAGAGUCUCCAAGUAAGCUGCAACAACAAACUGACAGGCUCCCUCUAGGGGACACAAUUUCUAUUUGUAUCCAUUUUUAAAAUAUAUCCAACAAAGGAGAUUACUUUCGAUUUCAAUUCCUUUCGAUUUCAAAUACUUUGUUUCUUUAAAAAGCAGAAAUGCAGAAAGUAGCGUUGAAGUUAAUUUGUUUCUCUUUUUUUAAAAACUAUCUGUCAAAGUGCUCCACUUUCAAUCAAUGGACGUCUCAAACAGUUUCUGUCCCGACACCCCGUCCCCAGGUUUGGGGCGAUGGAAACUUAAAUUCCUUUACUCUCCUCCUGCAGGAUUAAACAGUCAAAUCCCCCCCCCUUUUCUCCUGCUUCCAAGGGGGUUUUAUUGGUUGUGGAUGCAGGAAAUUUCCAACUUUAAAGCAGUUUUUCAGGCUAUUAGGUUGCGAGGUCUUUGCUUCAAUCUAUGUACAAAAACGGAAGGCGGACUUCCUGUUUACACCUUCCCGCUUCGUGCCUAAUUCAUAAAUUUUGCAAAUUUCUUAAUCCAAUUCUCCGUUUUUACUCACGGGUGCUUGAUUUAGAGUCCAAAUGUCAUCAGGAAAAAGUCAGCGCUCUCCGGCGAUGGCUGCGCGGCUUCCCUCCAUGGAAAUAGCGAUCGGUUCGCAGCACCGCGCUGCUCACCCCACUUCACUCCGGAGCCCCGUAAAGGGGUUUCCUCGUGAGUAGGGGAGGCGCUCUUGGUGCUCUGCCGAACCCCACGUUCCCAGGCUUCUCCGCCUGGGAUUUCUAGCGGGCCCCCGCCUUCGCCAUGGCGGGAAGACCCAAUUUCCACAGAGCCUGUUCCUCCGAUCGGAGGAACUCCGCCAUUCGUCGUUGGCGCUGACCUGGAAGUUCUAUUUACUAGAUUUUUUAAAUGUGAGUUGUAAAACUGGUUCUUACAUCAGAAUUUACAUUUUGUGGAGAAUAUUCUCCAUAGAAUUUUAUAGCAGAGAAUAUUCUCACCUCGCCUCACUACACACACAUACCUUUGCAAAUCUGGUAUAUUGAAAAAUGUGUAUUAAAAAAAGUAAAUGUUCGAGUACCCUUGCUUUCUAGCUAGAUUUAUCCCUACAGUACCAGUGAUGCAGCCAGCAUAGCUUUGUGCAUGUGAGCAAAUGUCUUCUCAGCACAAGCUUGGAAGUGGAGGAUGGGCCAGCUUGGCAGUGGUUAUACGCUUACAGAGAUGUGACCAAUUUUCAGUUACUUGAUCUUCAAGACAAAGCAGGGCCUGUGUCUGUCUGUUUCUCUUUCUCAGGUACUUGCAAGCAUGCCCAAAGUGCACCUCAGGUUUCUGGAAUUUAAGGAGGGCAGGAAGGGCUAAUUGAAUGGAGGGGACAAUAGCAUACCGUGCAAGUACAUCCCAUAAAGCACUGCCCACUAGUGUGGAUGUUGAGAUAGAAAUUGCAAGCUGUCAUGUGUGGAUGAGAGUGUGCACAUGGAAACAGUGACCCGUGUACAACGAACAGCCUAGUCUGGACACAACCCAUGCCAUUGCCAUUAGCAGGUGUUUUUGCUUUUUCUGUUGUCUUUAUAUUAUUGCACUAAAUGCACUUUAUUAUACGAACAGUGUGUGUUCAUUAUAUAAUUGUAUUUGCUGUGAUUUCCCACCCUAAUUUAGAGGGGGAAAUCCAUUUCUGCUUCUUCCAUUCUUUUUUUCCAAGAAAAGCGCUUGAGGUUUGAUAGCUGUUACAACUGAUUUCACUCCAAAUUGUACACAGAAUCCUUUCUUUCUCAACACUCUUUCUGCCAAUUUAGGAUGUCUCUUGAUCUCUCCGUCCAUGGCUUUGUUGCACUCCUUGGCUGUUUCAUUCCUCCUAGACACUGUGUGAAGGACCUUUCCAUUUCACCAUCUAUUGCCUUCAAUUAUACCAUUUCACUCUCCUGUUCUGGCAGUCAUUUAUCAGUCUUGUUUUCCAUAGCCUUUGAGUCCUCUUUAAUUCCAUUUUCUAUUUCAUCCUGUUUUCAUUCCCCAUUUUAUCAUUUCAGCUCUAAUUUCUCUUAAUUGCUCAUCUAAUAAUUGCUGUAAGAUGCCAACAGUUAAUGGAAUGCCCAGCAAUGUAUUUGCCAUACUGAAUAUACUCAGUCUUGUUAAUGGUUCAACCCAGCCACUCCCUUAAGAUAUUCACAGUUUCUACCUUAAGAAAUUCAAUCUCCCGCCUCCACCAUAAGAUCUUCACAGCAUUCUCCCUUAUCAGACCAAAAUUCCUUUCCCAUGGGAGGAACUGUUAAGUAGAGAAAUUACUUUCCAUUUCAAGGCAAAUCUUCUGUAGAGAAGCAGAAAAUUAAAAACAGAACACUUAGAGUGCUCCUUUGCCCAUUUAAAAACUUCCUUGGAUUAAAAAAUUAAAGCAUGCUUUUUGUUUUGUCUUUAGCCUUUUAUAAUUGACUCUUCUCAAAAUCAGAAAGUAGCUCACACACCAGAUGUAAAUUUCCGCUGACAGACAGCUAAACCUCUCAAUUUCAGAGAUCUUAAGUCCCACCCCCUCUGGGUUUCUAGGAGCUGGCAGCUUCUCAGUCGUCUGACUCAGGCAGCAGCUUUUUCAGGUUAACCCCCAUUUACUCUUUAUCUCUAGAGUGAAUUUCAAUAACCAGGAUUGCUUUGGCUUUCAUCAUUCACCACGUAAUUAUCUCUGUUGGUGAGCUGUCGACAAAAGUUGGUCAAUUUGCCAUGACCCUCCCCAGAAGGCCCCCCCCCCCGGUUAUAUAGCAAUUUCAAUAUUAAAAAAUAUACAAGAUAACAAUUCAAAGCUCUCAUAUUAACCAGUUUUACUUAGAAGUAAACAAUGUAUGUACUAGAAGUAAACAGUGUAUCUACUUUGAUUUCAGUGAGUGUACUCUCUGACUGUGAUUUAGUUUGGUAUCACCCUAUGCCUUUACAAAGAACCACAUAUCCAUGCAUCUAUAUGGCCUUAUAAUGCUUGAUGGACACAACUGAUUGCUGUUUCCCUUUCUAUAUUUAUAGGAUCCAGAGGGCGUGGUACCUAUCGCACAAAGGAGGGCUUGGUGUUGGUGUAUGUGUUUUGGAUUAGCUUUUAUGCUUGCUGUGGUGAUACUUGGGGGUGCCUAUCUAUACAAGUAUUUUGCAUUCCAGGUAGGUUGAAUAUAUGACUUAAAUGAGUAAAUACUUUAAUUGUUCUCUUGGUACUAUUUUGACAAUUUUCUGCUAGUUACCCAACUUUAACUCUUUUAAAAAAAGGUGAAGGUAAAAUCUCCAACAUAUUUUAACCGCUACCCCUUGUAUACUUAGAGCUAAUUCACAUGUUAAUUUUAAUCUUUUUGUAAGGAAAGUUCCUGCAUUUAACAUGUAUGGCCAGGGAUCAUCAGUUUUGGGGGACUGGUUUUACUUGCCAGCCCCAAAUCAGUUGUUGUUAGGACACUUCUUUCCCAAAGCUAGGUCUCUGAAACCUUGCAUGAGCUCAGGGAUAAUAAAUCUGCUCCUCUUUCCAGCUUCAAGCUUGGAAUUGAGAGCUGAAACAAACCUUUCCCCCACAAAUUAGAGAUAGAGGGAGGAUAGAUGCUUCUUCUGCAUCUGCAUCUAAUGGCUGCUGUGAGCUCAGCUACAGAUAGGUGCUUCAAGCUCAGAACUGGGAGAGUUGAGGCACAGAUGCAAGCCUGCGUAAGCUCUCUUCUUCCAUCGAGCACAGAUUGAGACAGAGGCAAGAUAGGAAGGCUUAAGGCAUGGGUAGGCAAACUAAGACCCGGGGGCGGAUCUGGCCCAAUCGCCUUCUCAAUCUGGCCCAUGGACGGUCCAGGAAUCAGCGUGUUUUUACAUGAGUAGAAUGUGUGCUUUUAUUUAAAAUGCAUCUGGGUUAUUGGUGGGGCAUAGGAAUUCGUUCAUUUCCCCCCCUUCAAAAUACAGUCCGGCCCCCCACAAGGUCUGAGGGACAGUGGACCGGCCCCCUGCUGACCCCUGGCUUAAGGGUAUGAUGGAGUAGAGAUUGGGAGGUGAUCUGUUUAUUUCCCCCCAAUGAACUUUUCCAUUAGAAAAAUGAGAAAAUUGAGAGAAAAUAAAAAAUUGUGCAAAAGUUUUUCAAAAUGAUAUAUGAAAUCCUCUUUCAACCAUUGUUUUGAAAUAUUUUUUCAGCCAACUCACUGCUUCAAAACAAGUAGAUACAAGCUUCAAAGGCAAUAAUGUUAGUGAUUGCUGAUUGAAUUCUCUGAAUUGCUAAGUAGGGAUUCGGUGCUGGAAACUACUUUAAAAGCUUCAGAAUGCAGAACACGUCAAGUAUUUGAGCUAAAGGAGUAGUCUUAUAUCAACCAUAUUGCCCCUGCAACAUGACUGCUAAACAUCUUUACACUAUAGCCUAUAACACCCUUCAGAUUCCUCCAUAUUGUGCAUCAAAUGAAAAAUGUGAUGCAUGUUUGAAAAGGCAUAUGUGCAAUCAGGGAAUAAACUUAACAUGAAAAACUGGGGAAAUGUCUUUCAAUUUUUUUCAAAUCUUUGAAGCUCAAAGUUAAAGUUCAAAAUCCAAAGCUAUACACCUGAAAGAUUAUGAUUAGAUGAGACAAAAUAAAUGAGUUAUUCUGUUAUUUUCAAUUAUAUAGGAUAUAAAUAAUUCAGGCUUCAAGAUAACUAAUCAAUUAUGUGCAUACAUGACAUCAGCUUCCUGUUUAUAAUUAUGCUACAGUAAUAUCCAAAUUUAUUGCAGUUCUUUAAAUACAUUGAGUUGGAUCCAGACUUAGUCAAAACUGAAUUAACAUCUAUUGAUUUCAUACUUGAAGCAUGACUAAUAGGAAUAUUUUUUUCUAUAGGAAAACUCUUAAGUACAAGAAUAUUUAGAAUUUUUUCCUCUAAAAGCCAAAGUUUCUUCACCAUAAUGCUGGUCUAAAUAUUGGUUCCAAACCUUCAUAAUAAAACUUUUCUUUAUUUUCUACAGUGUUCAUAGUUUCAAUUUUAAACUGUUAAAUUUUAUUUUUCAUCUAAAUAAAAUAGGCUAUAAUAAAUAUUUAUAGCAAAGCUUCCAGUGUAUUUCGCAAAAACACAGUAAGUUAUAUGUGAUAUUUUAUUGUUUUUAAGAACAUGCAAUAAUAAUAAUUUUACCCCACCCAUUUGGCUGGGUUGCCUCAGCCACUCUGGGAGGCUUCCAGUUCAUAAAAGCAUAAUAAAAAUCAAACAUUAAAAAUGUAAGCUUAGGAGAUGUAAGUCUAGGUUUGAGAAGAGAAUCCAUAAUGUAUGUAUUUCUGUUUUCCCAAAUCACUCCCACAGUAUUUUUAAUUGACUUUAAAACUUCUAGAUAUUUUAAUUGAUUUCCCCCCCAGAAAUUUCCUGUCUCUAGCUGGACACAUGGACCUCCUGGGUUACACCUGUUCUUCAUGCCCUGCCUCCCCUCCACUAUGCUUCUUGAAAUAGCUUUGAGAUGAAAGAAAAAAGAGCUCUUUAGUGCAUAAGGAAGGGGUCUGGUACAUAGUACUGGGAAGGGGUCUGGUACACAUUAAUGGUUUAAGGGUGCCUGAAAGCUUGCAUAAUAUUUGCUUCACUUUUAACUUUGCCCUUUAGGAAAAUGGCGUUUACUUCUGUGGAAUAAAGUAUAUUGAGGAUGGCUUAACAUUAAGUGAGCCAGAUUCAGGCGCCCCAGCUCCCCGUUACCAGAUCAUUGAAGAGAACAUUCAAAUCCUCAAGGAGCAGGAGGUUGAGUUCAUCAGUGUGCCUGUUCCAGAAUUUGCUGACAGUGAUCCAGCUGAUAUCGUUCAUGACUUUCACCGGGUAAGGACAGUCUGUAAUGCGAGUGAGAGGUUCUUGCCAUAUGCUUGUUUGUAGCCAUGGAUUGGUUGUGUUGACUUUCAAAAGCAGGCUGUGGUUCAGUCCCUGAAAUCUCCGACAGGGCUGGGAAAGGCUUGUAUCUGAGACCUGGAGAGCUGCUGCCCGGUGGCAUAGACUAGGGUGGGCAACGUAUUUUCACCUGAGGAUCUUAUUUGUUCCUGACCAGUCUUCUGGAGGCUGCAUGCCAGGAGAGGGCAGUGCCAUCAUGAAUAAGGCCUCUGCUCACAUGCAUCCACAAGUGACACAAAAGUGAUGCAUACACUCAAGCAGCACACACAUACCAGCUUCUCAUGUGCCAUGCCUUACGUAGCCUUUGGGAACUGCCACGUCAAGGUGCUCCAGGGGCUUUGAGAUGGCAGCUUCAUGCCAUGAGUUAUUGCAAAACACUCCAGCUGUCUUCUCUACCCUUUCAUGAUGGAACUCCCACUCCUGAUGAGUUCAUUGAAGAUCCAGUGCUCAGGCUGUAUUGGAAAUGAUGCCCUUUUCCAGUAAUGCUCAGAUACUGGCACUGAUUGCUGAACGUUCUGGCGCAGAGGCUGUAUUGUGAAAUUGGAGAGAGGCCAGCAUGGGGCAGGUGAAGCCAGAGGAGGACCACUAGCCACUGACAGUUGACAGAACUUGUUGUAUAUUUGAUUUUGUUGCCAAUGCCACAAUGCAUUCAAAAUCAGGGAGUGUCUCGAGCCCAGAUAAAAAUGCUCAGGCCGUUCAUCAUCCUUGUUUAGUAGAGAAUAUUCGAGCUAGCUGGACUGAUGAUACGAUUCAGUUUAAUACAGCUUCCUAUGUUACUGUGCAAUAACGUAGUUGCAAUAACGGCAACCUCUGAACAUGUUCUAAAGCCUGUGAACAACAGGUUUUGUGGGAACCUGGGGUUUGGAAUGUGGCAGGUAUGGAAAUGGGAAUUUUCAGUCCUUAACAAAAGUCCUGAUUUUCUUCCCUAAUUCAUGUCCCAGACAAGGAAAUGAUGGAUCCCGCCCCCACCCCCCACCACUGAUUAUGGUAAAAAAAUUAUGAUGCGAAUACAAGGGAGCCCUGCAGCAAAACGUUGCAGUGCAUCUUGCUCCUAACAGAAGUACUGUCCUAGGCUUCACCCAGCCUGAAACAGGAACCUCGCACUGCUUGGAAUUUACCAUGGGCACUUUCCCACUUUUUCCUUCCUGUGCAAAAGGGCUCCAGAUUGGUAUGGAACAACAUUUUAUUGCUGCGUAGUGUAGUGAGUGGGGUAAUUCACUGCUUGCCGUAACGCUUUUAAGGGCCUGUGCAGGUAAGCAUCCUCACUCCCUUUUUCAUUGUUUUUUCUGUUACUCCCUUUUCAGCGUUCCAUGGUUUAUCUUCCCACAAUCAUCAGACUUGCAUCAUUUGCCCAAAUUCCAGUUCCUUUAAUCUCCCUUGCAGUGGGAGUGAGAGCUGCCCAUAGAAAGCAGUUGGAAAGCAAAUUGUUUGAACAUGGCUAUGAUUGAGCAGCACUGUUUAUAUUGUCCCCCCACCCACAUUGUUUAGGGAAGUUUUUAGUGAUUGAUGUUUUAAUGUACUCUUAAUCUUUUGCUGGAAGCCACCCAGAGUGGCUGGGAGAAAAUAAUAAUUAUUAUUAGUAAUAAUAAUGAAUUUCUAGACUCAAACUAGCAGCCGCCCGGAGUUCAUGUUUCUGGUAUUCAUUGUGAACUAAUCAGUUUCCUCCAUACAGUCAGUUAUAUCCAGCAGUUUCCUUCCUGCAGAAUGGGGAUGCUGUGAUCUUCAGGUGUUGCCCUCCAACUCCUAUCAGCCUGAGCCAGCAUUCUCAAUGGUUAGGGACCCUCAGUGUAUUUUCAACUGAUGAGAUAUGUGGCUAUUUGAGUUUACUUUUAGAUGAAAUUUCCCCCCUUCUCUCUCUCCCCCUCUCUCCAAUUUUUUUACUGCUCUAGAAUAAACCCUCAAAUUAUGAUUUGUCUACCUUGCAUAAAUUGGGUUGUCUUACUGUAGUAACUGAAAUUCAACACAUAAUUAUAGAACCCUGCAUAUUAAUCUGAUAUUUAUUUUAGAGAGUUGAAUAAGGAAAAUCACAUUAAGCACACUUUGAGUGUCAUCAACCAUUUUGGAUAGUUUGCAUGUGACUUGAGAUGCCUGGAACUUGAGGGUUGUACUGCAUAAUAACAAUUCUCCUCCAAAUACUUUAAAUCACAUGCCCAGAAAACCAUCACAUUUACAAUUUGAAAACGUUUAGUACAUAAAAAGUACUAGGUUUUAUUAUGUUUUGCAUUUCUUAAAUUAGGCCUGGGAUAUUCAUGCAGCAAAAUGGGGUGGUGGGAACCUCAGUUGUUGGCAGAAUGGUUUGUGCCACUUCAGGUAAUUGGAUCACAUUUUUUUUAGUGCUUCCCAAUGUGAAAGACACUGCUCCCCCCCCCCCCCGAAGAAACAACCACAGAAAACUAGUACAGAAGGCUGGACUUUCCUUGGUGCUAGUUUUGUUUUAUCUGAAGGGACAUUACAAAUAGUAUCUGCAAAGGCAGGCAUUCGGCCGGAAAAUGAAGUAGCAAUUAGAAUGAUUAUUCAUACAUAAUUUUGUAUGUUUAAAAUUACUAACAUGCUAUUUGUGACAUCUUCUCAUCAGAGACUUACAGCUUACCUUGACCUCAGCCUGGAUAAAUGCUAUGUUAUUCCUCUAAACACAUCGGUUGUUAUGCCGCCUAAAAACUUUUUGGAGUUGUUGAUCAACAUCAAGGUAUGAUUAAAAUUCACGUUUCUUUUUUAAUAUAUUCAGGCUAGAUGAUUAAACUUUCAUACUGGAGAUAUAAGUGUAUGUAAACAUGAAAGAGCACUUAAUGUACUACAGGACAGCAGAAUGUUGUAACUUCAUUAGCUAAUUUUUUAUUUAUAAAGUUAUUUUAAGAAUUAAAAAAAAUUAAUAACACUGUACACAGUUCAAAAGCAUAAAUUACAUUGUUUGAAGAAUGUGGUUUAAGGCUACCUUGUCUAUAAUCGGUUAAUUUUUACAUUAUAGCAUAUACAUAAAACUUGUUUAUGCAUUCAAACAACUUCUCAACAAGAAUGCUGUUUCACAGAAUAGGGGUGGUCACGCUGAAAGCAAUGCUUGGAGCUAUGGUUGACUGGGCUUCUGAUAUUUUUGAUAUAUCAAGGAGAAACUGUCCUGCAGAACACAGUGACUUACUGAGUAGAUAAGAGUUAAGGGGGUCUCUGAAGUAACCUGGUCCUAAUCAGUUGUUUUGAAAAAUCUUAAUACAAAUUACUAAUAUUCGUUUUUUAAAGUAAUCUUGUCUUGAGGGCCAUUUUUGCUAGUAGCCAAAACCUUUCAGUUUAAAUUUGAGUUCCCCAAAUUGUCCAAAUUGAGAGAAUUGCAGUUCACUUUAGUUAUGGAAGGGUUGCCAUACGUCCGGAAUUUCCUGGACAUAUCCAGAAUACUCCAGUCUCUAGCUGUGUCUGGGUAGAAAUCGGUCAAAUGUCUGGGAAAAUCCGGAUGUAUGGCAGACCUUGUCGGUAGUGCCGGUUUUGCUUAUUUUCCUUAAAAAAAUUGGCCAAAAAAGCUCAACAAGUUUGGCCAAAAAAAGCAGAACAACUUUUCUGUCUGGAUUUUCACUGUUUGAAAUAUGGCAACCCUAGCUAUGGUUAUUUUAAAAAAUAGUGUUAUAGUGGUAGCAUUAAGCCAAAAACCUUUCGGCAGCUUUGAGAGAUCUUAUUGAAUAUAUUAACAGGGCAAAACUGCCACACUCCUUGACAUUAGCCUUGGCAGAAAUAUAUGAUGCAAUAGUUAUCUUUUUAUUUAUAUCAACUGUCCAUCAAAAUGUGAUUCACCAUUUCUCCUCUAUUGUUUUCUAAAGUGUGCAAAAUUGAUAAAGAGUAUUUUUUAAAAGCAGUUUCCUUCUACCUUCUGCAAGAAGUCCCUCCCCUCCAACACACAUUCUGCAGAACUGAACUUUUUUCCCCCGCAGAGCAAUUGUAAAAACAUCAUUAACAUUAUUGAGACUAUACUGUUGCACUUUUAUUUGGGUUGAUGUAGGCUGGAACAUACUUGCCUCAGUCCUACUUGAUUCAUGAGCAGAUGAUAGUUACUGAUCGUAUAGAAAAUGUGGAUCAGCUGGGCUUCUUCAUCUAUCGCCUCUGUCGUGGCAAAGAGACCUACAAAUUGCAGCGCAAGGAAAUGCUGAAAGGUAUGGUUGGCAUGUGGAUGGGGAAAAAGAAAGGUACCUCAACUUUGUUGCGGGUGAUGGCCCUCCUGUUAAGCGCCAUAUAAAAUAGUGAAAGGGUAGCGUCCCAGUGCUCUGUAUUCAUAUUGUGACAGCCUGAGACUUUGCAACUUUGCUGCAGUUCAAGUGUAAUCGCGUUUGUUGGCCCUCAUGCUAAAUAGUUACAUUCUCACAUGGCAACUCUUAGCACUGAGGACAGUUUUUUGUGCCAUUGAAUAUUGUGCCUUGUGCACUGUUGCGAUAUCAGUAAUUGCAUGUUUAGCACUGUGGUCUGAUUCAGAGAAUAUGCUUCACUAAGAACUGUAAUAAUAAACGUAUAAAUGGAAUGGUGAACUCAUGGGCAAAAGACAUAAAACCUAUUUCACAUGGUACUUGAUUAUUUAACCAGUUUGCCAGUUUGAAUCAUGCAUCAAGCACUUUGCAUAAGAUUUAACAACGGUGCAGUGGGCACCAGUCAGAUGUAAGCCAAGUCACCAUUAUUUUCAAUGGGUGACAGGCAUGAGGUUAAACAUUUACCAUUCAAAUCAGGGGACUAAAAAUUGCUUAACUUGGGCUGAAUCAUGAGUUGUAGCAUCUUGUGGUAUGUUGGAACAGAAUUGACUAAUUUUGCUGGAGCAUUGUUUGGGACACAGAAGAAAGGAAGUACAGUGGUGCCCCGCAAGACGAAUGCCUCACAAGACGGAAAACCCGCUAGACGAAAGGGUUUUCUGUUUCUGAGUUGCUUCGCAGGACGAAUUUCCCUAUGGGCUUGCUUCGCAAGACGAAAAUGUCUUGCAAGUCUUGAGAUUUUUUUUCCGCUCCCCCCCCCUUUUUCUAAGCCGCUAAGCCGCUAAUAGCCUUUUAGCAGCUAAGCCGCUAAUAGCCUUUUAGCAGCUAAGCCGCUAAGCCUUUAAUAGCCGCUAAACCGCUAAUAGCGCUAAUCCGCUAAGCGGGUUGCUUCGCAAGACGAAAAAACCGCUAGAUGAAGACACUUGCGGAACGGAUUAAUUUCGUCUUACGAGGCACCACUGUACCUGAUGUGGAUCUGAAGACUAUACCUGAUGUGGAUCUGAAGAAGUGUGCAUGCACAUUAAAGCUUAUACCCAGAACAAACUUAGUUGGUCUCUAAGGUGCUACUGGACAAUUUAUUAUUUUUUUAAUUUCGACUGCAUCAGACCAACAUGGCUACUUACCUGAAUCUUGAUUACUCACAAUUUUUAACAAAAGUAACUGUUGAGGCUUUCACCACAGCUCUUCGGAUGGGUAGGAAGAACAUGACAGGGAUGGCUGAUCUGUGGCUCUUCAGACAUUGUUGGACUCUAGCUCCCAUCAGCCAGAACCAGCAUGGCCAAUGAUCAGGGAUGAUGGGAGUUGUAGUCCAGCAAUAUUUGGAGAGCCAGUGUUAGCUACCCCUGGUAUAAGGUGGCAAUUCUUGCAUUUGCCUGCCUUUGGCAGCAGAAACUGAGCUAUGCUGGGGCAAAACUGAAUUUAGUGGUAGCCUGUUCUAGAGCCUAGAUUUGUUAUACUUGGUAUGGCGAUCCUGAUUAAAGGACAAAAGUAUCAGAUGCAUCAAGUUGGUUCAACAAGAACUGUACAUAUGAGCAACUCUCUUGUGAGAAGACUGCUCAGAGCAAGUCUUGAGAGAGCCGCUGUGUCUGCUUUUCAGUUCAUUAAAUGUCUGCAGCUCCCUGCAUCAUCCAACAUCUGUAGAUUUGCAGCCUCCAGCCUUCACAACCUUCCUAUCUUUCCAUGUAGUUUAUAUGUAGUAGCCUCUGUGUCUUGCAGGUGCUCAUCAAUGCCCUAGUGCAGCUGAGGGGCCUGAAGGAAGGUGGUGGCUUGAAUUGAAGCCAUUUUCUCAGGAAAGACAAAAAAACCCCACUCCAAUUAAAAACUGAACUUUUCUUUUCAGAAAAGCAGUUUGCAUUCAAAACAUUUUCACCAGCACUUUGAAUACUUUCUGCCUAUAACUGACUUAUCAGCUUAUAAGAAGUCACAGGGAGCCUCUUUGAAGGCCCAGCACCCAUCAGCUGGGAGCAGCUCUAAAGGAAGUUGCUGUAACAGUUCCAAUUACCUCCUUUGAACUUUGGCAUACACCAGGCACAUGUCAUUGUGAUGCCCGGCUAUUGAUGGGUGGGUGGUCAAAGUUGAGGGUGGGGGAAAUAAGGAGCUGGCCUGCUGGCCAAACCCAGUUCCCUAUUAAUGACCUUCAGAGUCUCCAGUUUGACAGAAUCCCUCACAACAGUUUUCACAGGAAGCAAAAGGCAACUCUCAUUAAAAAUAAUAAUAAUAAUAAUAUUUAUAUUCUAUUCACUUUCCCACAACAGGAAUGCAGAAGCGUGAAGCAAGUAAUUGCCGAAAGAUUCGACACUUUGAGAACAGGUUUGUCAUGGAAACACUCAUCUGUGAAGAAUAGACAUACUGUUGUGACUGAAAAUACACACAUUGACCCCGCCCUUUAUAUUAUGUGCAGUGAUCUUUAUUUUAAGUCAUUUAUGUAAGUAGUGGACAAGGCUUUAUAGCUGAAUGCCAACACUUUUUAUCUUACAAUAAACCUUUUUAACGUUUUCCCAUAUUUUGAAGCAUGGUGCCCUUUUUAUAUGUUUGAAUAGCUGCUAUAUAAAGUCUUAGUUGUUAGUACAUUUCACGUAAUGAACCUUUAAGUAAUACCAGGUCAAUAAUUUAUCCCAUUUUAGAGUAAAAUUGGAGAAUAAUUCAUCUGAAUUUAUUAUAAAGAAUACAUGCACAAAUGGACUGCAACUCUUGAGAUUUUUAAUAGCAUAUUACUUGCAAUGUUGGGGAAGCAUUGGGAAAACAAUUUGUAAUAAAAGUGCAAUUCAUUUUCUUCUUUUAAUACAGUCUCAUUUAAGUUUGAUUUCCAAGUCGCUGUUCUAGUAUAAGCAUCUGCUGUAACAAAGUUAAGCAGUAACCGAAUGUUACUGACAUGUAUAUAUGCUAUGUAUGUGCAGUGAAAAUAAAUAUUACAAACCUGUUUGUCUAAA